UGUCUUUCUAGAACCCUCUACGCCAUCCCCUUAAACCCUCUUCAAAAGGGUUUAAUUUCAUCAGUUUCUCCUGCUGGAACUCGCCAUUUUCCUCAUUCUGCACUCUUCUUAUCUCUUCCAUCGCGCUUCAUGGCUCCAGUUCUCAGCAGAAGCUUAUCCACUGUUGCUCUCUCUUCACUUCCUUCCUCUUUUUCUUACCCUUUAGCCAGUAGUGGUAGGGGCUCGAGGUUGGGGAGCGCUUUUCUGCCCCAAAAUGGGCUCAGAAAGGGCUUUUCUUCUUGUGGUGGGUUGAAGUGGAAGAUUGAGAGGAAGAGCAAUCGGAUUGCGGUCCGGUGCGAGGCGGCCGUGGCCGAAAAAGAAGCUGCUGAGACACCCGGUGAGAAGUUUGAGUACCAAGCCGAGGUUAGUCGCCUUCUGGAUUUGAUUGUUCACAGUCUGUAUAGCCACAAGGAGGUAUUUCUUCGAGAGCUAGUGAGUAAUGCGAGUGAUGCUUUAGACAAGCUAAGAUUCUUGAGCGUGACUGAACCCUCUCUGCUUGGAGACGCUGGUGACCUUGAAAUACGUAUCAAACCCGAUGCAGACAGUGGUACUAUCACCAUAACGGAUACGGGUAUUGGAAUGACUAAAGAAGAGCUCAUUGACUGUCUUGGAACUAUUGCUCAGAGUGGCACUUCAAGAUUCUUGAAAGCCCUGAAGGAAAAUAAGGAUGCUGGAGCAGACAAUAGCUUGAUUGGCCAAUUUGGUGUUGGAUUCUAUUCAGCCUUUCUUGUUGCUGAAAAGGUCGUUGUAUCCACUAAGAGCCCAAAAUCAGACAAACAAUAUGUUUGGGAAGCAGUAGCUGAUAGUAGUUCAUAUGUUAUUAGGGAAGAAACUGAUCCUGAAAAGCUUCUACAGCGGGGAACACAGAUCACCCUGUACUUAAGGGAAGACGACAAGUAUGAAUUCUCUGAUCCGAGUAGAAUUCAAGGCUUGGUCAAGAAUUAUUCACAGUUCGUUUCCUUCCCCAUCUAUACAUGGCAAGAGAAAUCAAGAACUGUUGAGGUGGAAGAAGAAGAAGAACCUAAAGAAGGAGAAGAACCAAAACCAGAUGGUGAGAAGAAAAAGAAGGCAAAAACUGAGAAGUAUUGGGACUGGGAAUUGGCUAAUGAAACAAAGCCAAUCUGGAUGCGGAAUUCAAAAGAAGUUGAGAAGGAUGAGUACAAUGAAUUCUACAAGAAAACAUUUAAUGAAUUUUUAGAGCCACUUGCAUAUACUCACUUCACCACUGAGGGCGAAGUGGAGUUCAGGAGUGUUCUAUAUAUUCCUGGAAUGGGACCUCUUAAUAAUGAGGAUGUAGUGAAUCCUAAAACAAAGAAUAUUCGUUUGUAUGUUAAGCGUGUCUUCAUCUCUGAUGAUUUUGAUGGUGAGCUGUUCCCGCGAUAUUUGAGCUUCGUGAAAGGUGUUGUAGAUUCUGACGACCUCCCUCUAAAUGUUUCUCGAGAAAUUCUUCAAGAAAGCCGAAUCGUGAGAAUUAUGAGAAAGAGACUUGUCAGAAAAACAUUUGACAUGAUUCAAGACAUCUCUGAAAGUGAAGAUAAAGAGGAUUACAAGAAAUUCUGGGAGAACUUUGGCCGGUUCUUAAAAUUAGGAUGCAUUGAGGACACUGGAAACCACAAGCGCAUUACACCAUUAUUGCGUUUUUACACCUCCAAAAGUGAGGAGGAGCUAAAGAGCUUAGAUGAGUAUGUAGAAAACAUGGGUGAGAAUCAGAAGGCAAUUUACUACUUGGCGACCGACAGCUUAAAGAGUGCCAAAAGUGCUCCAUUCUUGGAGAAGUUGGUUCAAAAAGAUAUUGAGGUUCUUUACUUGAUUGAACCUAUCGAUGAAGUUGCUAUCCAGAACUUACAGACUUACAAAGAGAAGAAAUUUGUUGAUAUUAGCAAGGAAGAUUUAGAGCUGGGUGAUGAAGAUGAAGUCCAAGAAAGGGAGACUAAGCAAGAUUACAACCUUCUCUGUGACUGGAUUAAGCAACAACUAGGUGACAAGGUAGCGAAAGUCCAAAUCUCAAAGCGCUUAAGCUCUUCUCCAUGUGUCCUAGUUUCUGGCAAGUUUGGAUGGUCUGCAAAUAUGGAAAGGCUGAUGAAGGCACAGGCUCUUGGGGAUACUUCAAGUUUGGAGUUCAUGAGGGGAAGGAGAAUUUUGGAGAUUAAUCCAGACCAUCCGAUCGUCAAGGAUCUAAAUGCCGCUUGCAAAAAUUCACCAGACAGCAGUGAUGCGACAAGAGCUGUUGAUCUUUUAUACGAGACUGCACUGAUAUCCAGUGGAUUCUCUCCUGACAGCCCAGCUGAGUUGGGAAACAAGAUAUACGAGAUGAUGGCAAUGGCUCUUGGAGGCAGAUGGGGCAGAUUAGAAGACAACACCGAUACCGAAGAUGCUCCUGCUGCUGAAUCCGAGAGCGGGGAAGCACCAGAAGUGCAAGUGAUCGAACCAUCUGAAGUGAGGGCGGAGGAUGAUCCAUGGCAGGAUUAGGAUUAAGUGACUCCUGGUUAGAUUUUAGAAGCUUUUUGACAUUCCUGUGGAAAAAAGAAACAAUAUGGUGCGUGGAGUGUGGAUGAUGAUUCUUUGGAAUGGGAAAGUUUUGAUUCACAAAUGUUGAGAUGUAUGAUUAGAACAGAUUUUGAUGAUUAAAUCUCUCUAUAUAGUUGGUAUAAUAACG